AUGGCGCUGCGGACGCGACGGGACCAGCUAUUUCCCUCUCCCCUCAUUCCCCCAUCCGUCUCUCGCUCCCAACCCUAUUUCCUCCCAAACCGCCGCCACCGCCGCCGCCGCCAUCUCCGCCAUCGCGCCUCCCACGCUUUCGGUUCUAUCCUUCCGCCCGCCGCUCCCCUUCCGCGCGCCACUCUCCUUCCGCGCGCCACUCCCCUUCCGCGCGCCAUUCCCCUCUCCCUUCCCCGCUGCUUGCGCGCGCCCUUCGCUUCCUUCCGCCACGCGCUAGCAGCUAUCCUCCCCCUCGUCCUGCUAUCAUCAAUCCUUCUGUCUGAAGAUACUUCCUGCCACGUGGCCCGCGCUGAAUCUCUCGACGUGCUGACGCCGAAGGGCGGCUGUCUGACGUCACGCUGCGUCAGGUACACCCGGGGGCGGUGGUUGUUGCCGUCGGGUAAAGCUUCGGCGAUUAUCAACGCGAACGGCAACUUGAACUACGAGCGGUACAAGCUCACAGACAGCACCGACGUGAUACUGAAGACCAAUGUCAUAAACGUGAACACGUGCUGCCAAAAAUGCGCCCAAGCCGACGAGUGCGUCUUUUUCCACUACGAGCCGCCACUCGUUCCCGGGAACGGCGUCUGCAGGCUCCUAACCAGCCUGGACAAGUUCACUGUAGACAACACUAAAACGAGUGUUGAUCCGUCUUAUAUCGGGGGCAAAUGCAACCCUCUCGCGGAAGUGAAGAACGACCCGCAUUUCGUGGGCGCGGAGGGCACGAGAUUUGAUUUCCACGGGGAGUUGAAUCGCUCCUUCUGCCUGCUGACUGACCGAGAUUUGCAUAUCAACAUGGGGAUUAAGGGGGAGCUCUACAUGACGUGGCGAGAUCCCAUUGGCCGGCAGCACUCGGUGUUCCUGAAAGCGCGGGACGGCAAGGAGCAGACGCAGGGGGAGAGGGGACUCAUAGAGAGGAUGGUAGUGGACGGGCGACCUCUCACCCCUCCCACUCAGGUGGGGCAGGCAGUGCAUGGGGAGGGGACCUUUCACAUGGUGCUGGCAGCGGCGGGGCCCAUGGGGGAUGGAAGGGACAGGGACACAUACCGCGUGCGAGUGGCGGGAGUAGCAAGCAUUGAGCUUUCCUUGCAUGCCGCACACCCGCUGCUGCAGACUGCUGAAGAGGCUUACACUCACUUCAACGUCUAUUUCAAGUACUUGAAUAACACCAAUGCAGUGCAUGGUGUACUAGGGCAGACUUUUCGAGGGGAAGUUACCCGGGCUAAACGGGCAGAGGAGUAUGGGCUGCUGACUGGGCUGCUAAGAGCGCCAAUCCAGGCUGAUGGGGAGACAGGGCGAGGCUUUCUGGAUGGUAACGUGGAGGAUUAUGCCACGUCAGCGAUUGAUGCUGCUGACUGUGCGUUUGCCACAGCAUGGAAUGAGGCUCGGAAGAAGGUCCGGGAGGUACCCGGGGAGGAGCAGGGGGCUUAUGGAGUGGCUGAGAAGGAGGCUCGGGGGGAGGUUGAGGAGGCUCGGGAGGAGUCUGAGGAGCCGCGCCACUCGGCCCCGUUGGCCCCGUCGCCCCUAGCCGCGCCACUCGGCCCUGUUGGCCCCGUCGACCCCGUCGCCCCUAGCCGCGCCCCUUCAGCCUCGUUGGCCCCGUCGCCCCUAGCCGCGCCCCAAGGCCCCGUCGACCCCGUCGCCCCUAGCCGCGCCACUCGGCCCCGUUGGCCCCGUCGCCCCUAG